UCUUCUGCUGUGCUCAAAUUCUCAGGCACUCUUGGCAUUUGUAACCACACUGACAAGCGCUCUGCGACUAUCAUGGCUUUUAGCCACUUUUGGUUAGAGAGUUCUGCAUGUGAAUAUAUGUUUGCAGAUCUCCAAGGUUCAAUUAAUCAUGGUAUUUUACAUAAUACGGAAACUGUUCUGACAUUGUUUGAUCCCAUGACACAUACACCACUCAGCUUUCACGGUAAAUCUGGACUCAGAGACCAUGAGUUCGAGGGUCUUCAUGAUUUCGUGGAUUCUCAUGAAUGCUCAGCAAUCUGUCACUCAAUGAAGCUCUGUGACAUGUCA